AUGACGAAAGAUAAGAAGCUCGGCCGGAUGUCCACGACACCGGCGGAGAAGCGCCGCUCCUUCAUCCCCGGCGGCAGCAGCAGCAUCAGUAGCAGCAGUAUUAGCAAGGAACACAACAACACCAGUGGCAGCGCCUCGAAUACCAAUGCCGGCGGGCCCUCCUCGUCCUCGUCCAAGCAUUCCCCAUCGUCGCAGCAAGGCGGCAGUCCGAACACCCAUCACGUCCUACACACCUCGAACCCACGCAACAGCGCGGCGAACAUCAUUGCCCCGCCUCCCCGAGCCCACCACGCCCCCGCGAACUCCUCCUCUGCGAGUCCGAACCACGAGGACAGCAUUGUAACGGCCACUGCGUCAAGUAGUAGCAAAGAUGCCAAAGACAAGGAACCUAGACACAAGGAAGCCUCUGGAGGGGGCAGCGGGGGCAACAGCAGCAACGCUGCCGGCACCAAAAUUACCGGCCACGGCCACGGCGGCAGCUCAGCACACUUGAAGGACAAGGACGCGCGCAUAGCGCACUUGGAGCGCGAGCUCGAGAUUAUGGAGCGCGAGUUCACGAGCGAGCUCGACAGGCUCUCACAGACGGAGAGCGAGACGGCCGUCUUCUGGCAGGCGAAACACAGCGACGUCAACCAGCAGUUCCUCCGCGUCGACGCCGACCUGCGAGUGCUCCGCAGCGAGUCUGAGGCUCGCGAUGCCGACCGUGACGCGCUGCGGCGUGAGGUCGGCGAGCUGAGGACGCAGGUGCGCGGGCUCAAGGAGUUUGUGAGCACUAGCACGCGGACCAGCGGGCAGACGUCCGACGAGGUGUUUUGCGACGGUAUGGCGAGGUUGAGUAACGGGUUGCAGAACUGGGUUAUUGUCAACUUUCGCAGGGCCAAGUUGGACUUUACUACUGCAAGCGAUGACGUUCUUGAGGAGCUCGGCCAGCUGGUGCCCAUGUACGCCGAUCUCGAGCCCUCGGCCAAAGUUCACAUGCUGCAGUCCGUCGUCUCGCGCGUGCUCGUCGACACAAUUUUCGACUCGUACUUCUUCGGCCUCCCCAAGGAGCAGGCCGAGCAGCUCAAGGCCGUGGAGCAGACUCUCUUAGGCUAUGUGGACUCCCAAGAAGCAAUCAAUAACUGGCGCUCCACGACCCUCGCCCUCCUCCAGCGCGAGGCGGAAGCCAAAAUGCAAGCUGAGACGUCGGCGGCAACAGACCGCGUCAUCGCCCGCGUGAACCGUAUCCUCGAUGCCGUCACGGACGCGGCUCCGCCAGCGGCCACGGGAACGACAGAAGCCAAUCCCCGCGACGCGGGGCUCCGCGCCCUAGUCGGCGGCGCGGCGGACCUAGCGCGGCAGCUCGCUAUGCAAAAGGCCGUCUUCCGGGUCCACAUGCCCGACAUUGUGCCGCACCAGCAGACGAGGUUCGAUGCCGCCACCAUGGAGGACAUUGGCGGUGAGGACGAGGACGCGCUGUCGCAGCGCGAUAUCGCGUGCGUAACUUUCCCCGGCAUCAUCAAGCGCGGGGACGAGAGUGGGGGGCACAUGCAGUAUCAGAAUGUCAUUGCCAAGGCAAGGGUACUAUGUAGUCCCGAAUGA